ACACGGUUUGAUCCACUUCAACGCGUUUGCUUGGAUCCAGAUAGAAAUAAAGAGUAAUGUUUACGUCCCUAGCAUGUUUUGUUGUAAUGUUUUCAGUAGAGCUGAAGGGUUUGUGUUGAUUACUUCAUGUAGGUGUGAGUGGUAAAGCUCGGGUGUUCGAGGUCAUCGAGAACUUGAAAAACUGAUGCUAACUGUAAGCACUAGAAAGACCACAGAAAUCCAGUCUGGAUAACUAAUUCUGGGCACAUGUUUACACCAAAAAUGAACUAAACCUGACAAAACCUUAAUUGUCCACAAUUAUGAAACAUAUAAUAUGUGACCAUCACCUCAGUUUCGUCAUAAAAGUGAGAAAGAAACAGAACAUUUUCAUAUUCCUGUCAUCCAUCCAGUCUUCUGUAAGGAGGUCUGGACGAAUGGCUAGUCUAGAUUUAUUUGCAUGAGGAAAAAAAGCAUUCCAAACCCAUUGUUAACAUUAAAUUACCGACACAGAUACACACAAAUAAUAACCAUUUCUCUGUAUUGUGGGGAAACUGCUCUGACACUGUGCCCAUGAUGAUGAUUGUCUUUAUAUAUUAUUUGAAAAGAUGGAAAUCAUAUUAUAUGAGUAUAUUUUGUGUAAUUUCACUACCUCUGAGUAUUUUUGGCAUGUCCCUAUUAAAUAUUUAAUAAGAAAUGUAGUUUCUAGUGUUUUCUUUGGAUUAUUGUCUGAUUACAGAACCACUUUAUUGGUUUUGGUGUUUUUUCUGUCCUUAAUGUCAUUUUCCAUCAUGUUAGUUUUUAAUGAUGUCAAUUUAAGUAACAAAAGCCAGUUUCUUCCUGCUGUAGGAAGUGACCUCAUCAGUAGGAACCAGUAGCAUUAACCUGAGCAGGUAACGGUGAUGUUUUGUCUGUUCUGGCUCCGAAAUGCCACUGUUUGAUGGGGAAUAAAUGAAUUGCAGCUCUAUUUUCAUCCAGUGUUAUUUCAGCAAUACUCGUUGUUUAGUAAAGAUGAAGUUGAAGUGUUUAUAAAGUUGAAAUGUGUGAGGCUGGUCUUCAGUACGGCUCAACAAACGUGCCUUAGGAGAAACCAAACCCUGAUCCCCACAGCUCAAUGUCUGCGCUUGUGGUUUGUGAAUUGGCCGUUACAGAGAGAGUCAUAUCCAUUAAGUUAUGGGUUGAUUGCCGUUGCUGUUGUCCUACGGCUGUUAAACCUUGUGGAUUAUCAGGCCUCUCUGACCCCAAUCUGUCUCUAACUCCAUUCCUCCAAAUUGCAGCACCUUUCUGUAAUCUGUCAUCUGCUCUUAAUCUGAGCCUGUGGGGGGCAUAUAAGAGAGGCGCAGUGCCCCGCGGAGCAGAUCCCGCUCUCGCUCGCUGUCUGCUGAGGAGAAGCUUCACUCACAUCCGUUCGGACCCUCCAGCAGUGAAGCAAACAUGAAUGGAACGGAAGGUCCGAACUUCUACGUGCCCAUGUCCAACAAGACGGGUUUGGUGCGGAGCCCGUUUGAGGAGCCGCAGUAUUACCUGGCAGAACCCUGGAAGUACUCUCUGCUGGCGGCGUACAUGCUGUUCCUCAUCAUCACGUCCUUCCCCGUCAACUCCCUCACGCUCUACGUCACCGUGCAGCACAAGAAGCUGCGCACGCCGCUCAACUACAUCCUGCUGAACCUGGCCGUGGCCGACCUGUUCAUGGUGGUAGGUGGCUUCACCGUCACCCUCUACACCGCACUGCACGGAUACUUCGUCCUGGGGGUCACCGGCUGCAACAUCGAGGGCUUCUUCGCCACCAUGGGCGGAGAGAUCGCGCUGUGGUCUCUGGUGGUUUUGGCUAUCGAGCGUUAUAUUGUGGUGUGUAAGCCAAUGACAACGUUUCGUUUCGGAGAGAAGCACGCCAUCGUGGGAGUGGGCUUCACCUGGGUCAUGGCCCUCACCUGCUGCGUGCCGCCCCUGCUGGGCUGGUCCAGAUAUAUUCCAGAGGGAAUGCAGUGCUCCUGUGGAAUAGAUUACUACACUCCCAAACCUGAGAUCAACAACGCCUCGUUUGUCAUCUACAUGUUCAUCCUGCACUUCUCCAUCCCACUGCUCAUCAUCUUCUUCUGCUACAGUCGGCUCCUCUGCACUGUCCGUGCGGCCGCUGCUCAGCAGCAGGAAUCAGAGACGACGCAGAGGGCCGAACGGGAAGUGACGCGCAUGGUGGUUGUCAUGGUGGUCGCAUUCUUAGUGUGCUGGGUGCCAUAUGCCAGUGUGGCCUGGUACAUCUUUGUUAAUCAGGGGGCGGAGUUUGGUCCUGUAGUCAUGACGAUACCUGCUUUCUUUGCAAAGAGUGCUGCGCUUUACAACCCUGUCAUCUACAUCAUACUCAACAGACAGUUCAGGAACUGCAUGCUCACUACAGUCUGCUGUGGAAAGAACCCGUUUGGUGAGGAGGAGACCAGCGUGACGGCCUCCAGCAAGACUCAGUCCUCGGUGGUCUCGACCAGUCAGGUGGCUCCUGCCUGACCGACCCAGCAGCCUCCUACAGGCCAAAUAUAUCUACUCGGCUUCCGCUCGUCCAGCCGACUACUACACUCACUUCUUACAUGUGUCAACCAGAUCUCUAGUACUUCAAUGUGAUUGUGUAUUUACAGGGAAAUACUUGAUGUGUUUUAGUAAUUUGUGGAUUUAUCUCAACAGCUGCUCCAUUGGUUCCGCCUGAUACUCCAGCUGUUAGAUGAAGUUUUUUUUAGCUAUGGUCAGUUAAAAUGUAAAGUUCUGAUUUAACCUUUUGUAGGUUUAUGAUUUGUUUCUUUAUAAAGUUUGAUGUGGACAAGGCUGAAGCCAGAAGAGACCUCAGGAGAUCACAACACACCCAGCCGAACAAUUCUCUGAAUGUUUAGAUGUAAAUGUGAAUUAUGACUGAAUAUGUUGUGGAAAGAUGGGAAUUUGCCUGCAGAUUACUAAAAUGUAGAGGCAAAGCAAAA